AGGAAGCGUCGCCUCUACAACUAGUUAGCUUAAAUUAACAUUUAACAGUCGAAAAUGUUGAACGAUAGCGAGCUCGCAACGCUGAGAAAUCGAUUUAACAGAAAUGUCGAGCUACUUGCACAGGCAGCAGCAUCGGGGGGACGGAGAAAAGCGUCAAGAAGAAAAGAUGCCAAACCACUUCCUCGCUUUAACAAACACUCUGUUUUCUGGAUUGUGGCAUCUGUAGCUGUGACUUACUAUGUAGAUUUCCUUCGCACCAUCUUGGAAAACGAUGAUAUUAAAAGCUGGUGGUUCAAUGCGGGUCUGGUUCUCCUCGGGAUCUGCUUGUCUCUGGCCGCGUUUUAUGUGUACCUUGAGUGGUUCAGAGGCAUCCAGCACUACGACCAGGAGUAUCCCAUCCCUCCCAUCACCACCGCGGCCUUCAUUUCUGCGUCAUGCAGCUUCAACAUCGCUCUGUGGCCGGUGUGGUCCUUCUGCACGCCGCUCAUUCUCUUCACACAGUUCAUGGGUGUGGUCAUGUUCAUCUCUCUGCUGGGAUGAAUCUGAAAGCUCCAGAAUCAUCCUGCUUAAAACCACAAGAUAAAGUUUUUUUAUUUCUGUUUCUCCAUUUCUUUUACCAACUUUGUACAACAAAGAUUUUUCCAACUUCGCAACACUGGAAACACCACCAAGCAAAAUCUCAUUGCU